AUGGCCGCCCACCGCAUCGGCGCGCGCCUCGCGGGAGCUUCGCCAGAGCAACUCCUUGCCUUCAUCGAGGAGCAGGCGCCUCUCUGGAGCGCCGCCGCGCUGCGCGUGGCGGAGGAGCACGCCGCACGGCUCGUGGAGCAGCCCGAGUGGGUGCUCUCCGAGGUGCUCCUCUCGCCGGACCUCGCCCCGCACAUCCUCGCCCAGCUGCCGACCACGGAGCACGCCGUCAAGGGGACGUGCCGCGCGUGGCGCCGCGGCUGGAAGGAGACGCUGAAGAAGCGCGAGAGGCAUUGCCUGGCGCGCGGGCGGGGGAAAGCUGAGUGUAGGGCUGGGGGUGAGUGA